CUUUAGAACGCCGUUUGUCCUUUUGCAGCUUCCGUAUUCGACACGUGAUUAAACAUGGCGGCGCGCACACAGAGGGCAGGAGCGCUGAUACGAUUAAUACGAAAUGUGCCAUUUCAGAAUGAACGCAUGUUCUCAACGUUCUCGGUGCGGUUGCAGGCUGCGGGUUCGAGCCAUGAGCCGCCCAAAUUCACUCCUCCAGCCAAACCGGUGAUUGUGGAUAAAUCGAGGCCUGAAGAAGCGGUGCGACGGUUUGUCAGUCCCGAGUUUAUUCCCCCUCGCCAGCGCACAAACCCACUGAAAUUCUUCCUCGAGCGCAAAGACAUGAUCCAGAGACGCAAAGUGCUGAAUAUCCCCGAGUUCUACGUGGGAAGCAUUUUGUCCGUCACCAUGUCAGACCCGCACGCCGCCAACAACACCAACCGCUUCGUGGGAAUCUGCAUCCAGCGCUCGGGUAAAGGACUCGGCGCCACCUUCAUCCUCAGGAACAUCAUCGACGGACAAGGAGUGGAGAUCUGCUACGAGCUGUACAAUCCUCGCAUGAAGAGCAUCGAGGUGCUGAAGCUGGAGAAGAGACUGGACGAUAACCUGAUGUACCUGAGAGACGCUCUGCCUGAAUACAGCACCUUCGCCUUCGACAUGAAGCCCGUUCACCUGUCGCCCACGCAGGAGGUCCCCGUCAACGAGCUGAAGGUGAAGAUGAAGCCGCGUCCGUGGUCCAAGCGCUGGGAGCGUCCCAAGUUCAACAUCCAGGGAAUACGCUUUGACCUCUGCCUGACCCCGGAGCAGAUGGAGCACGCUCAGAAGUGGGCGGAGCCGUGGAGGCAGUACGACAUGCUGAAGGAGUACGACACUUCCUCACUGGAGGAGAAGAUCUACCAGGAAGUGCAGGCGGAGCUUAGAAAGUGAACGCACCAGUCUCCUGCCUCCAUCCUGGGGGAUGUGAUGUGUUUAGGGUGAACAAUCCUAAAGCGGACUCAUACAGCACGGACGUCACGAUUCAUAAAGCUGUGUUCGAUUGUUUAUUUGUUUGUUUGCUUGUAUGUGUAAAGUGAAUAAAAAUGGAUUUGUGUCAUUAA